AUGCCAUGGUUUGGUUCACACGAAGAAGCUCAUGGAUCUGUUUUUGGUGGCGGACAACAUGAGUCUACUUGGUCACAUGAACUCAUUGGGGGAGCAGCUGGAUUUGAAGCAAUGCGCUUGUGGGAGCAGCAGCAUCCAGGUGAUUCACAUCAAUUGUCAAAAGAAGUUUUGGCUGGUCUGGCUGCAGCUGAAGUUGAUAAACUGUUUGAAUCAAGAGGAUUGGAUUUCUUGGAUCGAGAAACAGCCAAAUUUCAUGCAAGACAGCAAGCGGAAGCCAUAUAUGAUCAAAGAGGAUAA